AAACUGAUCCAAAGGGUUUUCGUUUCGCCGCUCAGUUUUUUUGUAGGAAAGGAUCUGACUUUUGAGUAAUGGCUCCAGCUAAAGUUGAUGUCACUAAGAAGGCUGACCCAAAGGCCAAGGCCUUGAAAGCUGCUAAAGCGGUGAAGUCAGGGCAAGUCAUCAAGAAGAAGGCGAAGAAGAUCAGAACGAAGGUGACGUUCCACAGGCCAAAGACAUUGACAAAGGCUAGGGACCCUAAGUACCCACGCAUCAGUGCAACUCCAAGGAACAAGUUGGACCACUACGGAAUCCUCAAGUACCCACUCACCACCGAGUCUGCAAUGAAGAAGAUCGAAGACAACAAUACCUUGGUCUUCAUUGUUGACAUCCGUGCUGACAAGAAGAAGAUCAAAGAUGCUGUCAAGAAGAUGUAUGACAUUCAGACCAAGAAAGUCAAUACCCUCAUCAGGCCUGAUGGAACGAAGAAGGCGUACGUGAGAUUGACUCCUGAUUAUGAUGCUUUGGAUGUUGCUAACAAAAUUGGAAUCAUCUAAGCUAUUAUCAUUUGAUCUCUGUCAUUUUACUUUUGGAGUUGAAAACAGACUUCUUGUCUUAGUCUCAGUUUUGUUAGAAAAUAAUAUCUCUGCUGUGCUUUAUCGUUGGAUUCGAAGCUUUGUUUUGGUAUUUAUUUUCAUCUUGUUCCCCAA